AUGUCAAAUAAUACUACAAUUACAGAUUAUAGUAAUUUGGUUGGUAGUUUUCGUGCAUAUAUAUGUCCAAUAAUUGCAAUUAUCGGUGUCAUAGGGAAUAGUUUUAUUGUAAUCAUUUUUUUAAAAGAAAAACAAUUAUCAAGAUUUUCAAUUUAUUCAAUCUUUUUAGCUAUUGCUAAUAUUAUUACAUUAAUUAUGAAUACAUUUAUUGAUGAUUUUCUUGGACGUGGUCUAUAUUAUGCAACAAAUCAUCAAUUCUAUUUUAAAUUAGAUACAAUUUCAACAUUUUGGUGUAAAAGUGUUGAAUAUAUAUCGAAUACUAUGUACUUUACAUCAUCUUAUUUAAUUGUGAUUUUUUCAAUUGAUCGUCUAUUAACUAUUCAUAAACCGAUUAAAUUCUAUUCAAUAUAUCAUAAACAUUGGGCUUUGAUUGCAUGUAUUCUUGUAUAUUCAAUGGGAAUACUUAGUAAUUCACCAUUGUUAUUUGUACAAACUUUAAUGGUUGAUACAUCGAGUCGAACAAAUUUUACUUGUAGAAUGAUUUCUGAACAUCCAGUAGCAAAAUUUACUAUAACAUUUGAAACAAUCGUCACGUUCACAAUACCAUUUUGUCUUGUAUUAUUUUUAAAUGUUUUCAUUUGUAUUGAAUUAUGGAAAUUGAAAGUUAAUCGAACAGCUUUAUUACCGGCUGACUCUUCGCGGAAUCGUAUGGAAAUGGGACGAGUUUUUGGACAUUUAGCUUUGAGUACUGCAUUCUUAUUAUUGUACCUACCGAUGAUCAGUGACAUAAAUCGCACAGAAGAAAUGUAACUGGUUAUCAGAGAUCGAUUUUAUUAGAGAAAUAUGAUGAAACAUCGAUACAAAGAAAAUUAUACAUAAUAUAUCUCAUAAAAUUUAUGUGAUAGUCUGAACAUGCACAAGACCAGUUCGUACAAAAAAUGGUUGUCUCUGUAGCGCAUCAGGUGUGGACGAUCUCGACUGAGCAUUAUUGAAAUAAUUAGAUAAUUUACAAGUACCUUUUGAAUGUUCGCGUUUUCGUGCAAGUUUUUUAGCUUGAAUUACUUCUUCGUGUGUUUCAUCAUCUUCCCUAUUGUUAUUUUUUAAAGAAAGAUCGGAAAAUAAACAUUUUAAAUUUUUAAAAAAUAACAACGAGAAAAUCAGUAAAAUUUCAUUUCUACAAAGCCUGUUACUUUAGAAAUACGUUGAAACACUUAGACGAACAGUCAUACUAAUAUUUUUAUCGUAGAAAUCUAUUGAGCCUUUUUAUUUACAUGUAUUCCGAUUUCGCUAAUUGAAACAAAUACUAUUCUCGUGUAGCCCGAAAGUCUCAGGUGGUGAAUAGUUUGAAAAACGGGAUAGAAGGUAUGUUCAAGA